ACAAUUACCACUCCAAACGGUUACCCGACCCGUUCUAACAUUUGAUCGCAUCAGAUACUUCAUAUCGCUAAAACCCUAAACCCUGCCUGCUGUUCUGAGGUUCUCAAAAGUUUUUCAAUUCUCCAUCUCCUUCAAAAAGUUUUCUUCCCAAUGGCUUCAAUUUGCAACAGAUUCAUCAGUAGAUCAUCACCCUUCAUCAAAUCCGCUGUUAGAUCUAACGGUCCAAAAUCCUCUUUUUCCAGAUCCGCCGCCGCUCCCUCCAUUUCCUCACCUCUCCCCUCCCCUUCCAUAUCUCCUCUUCGCCGUUUCUCCUCCAGGUGUCCAUCGGAGCUGGGAUCUGUGCAGUCACUGUUGCCGCUACACAGCGCAGUGGCAGUGGCGAGGAUGACUUCAUGCCUAAGCACAACAUCGAGGAGUUGCCGGGCUCUUUCUCAGGGUACACUCUGCUGCACCUAUCCCGGCCUCUAGUACUGUUUUAUCUGUUUUCUAUAGCACAUAAGUUCAAUAAGAGAAAUAAAGUGGGAAUUUACAGUGACAGGCUCAUCCUCAUUCUCAAAGUUUGGUCAAUCGGUUCCGAGGUGACUUGUUAGGGAUCAUAUGAUAAUGAGGAGUGUUCAAAAUCAAUAUGAUGGAAGCAGCCAGCAAGGACAUGUAGAUUGUUAUUUGAAAACGAAGUGACAUUUCUAACAGCAGAAAAGCUGAUUUUGAUUCUUACAAGUAAUGAGAUUGUUUUCUCUAAAGUCUGAAAUAAGAAUUCUAUUGUUAUUUAACUUUAUUCUUAUAUGAUCCCAACAGACAUAACCAUCACAA